CUCUCCCUCUCCCUCUCUCUCUCUCUGAUAGUUUCUCUUUGAAUUAGCAGUAGCAUCCUCAUUGCCAGGGAAAAAGAAAAAUCUAAGGAACAUCCCUUAUUCCUGAUCCCAGUUGUCUUCUUUUGAAAUAAAUAUCUGAUUCAGUUUGUCCUUCAUCUCGCUAUUAGGCUUCUCGUUCAGAUCGAAAUUUCUGCAUCUUUUAGAUGCUUUUCGCCCAACAAUAUUGGGCCAAUCUCUCUUGGUUUCUGGUCAUUUUUUAACACCGUUGAAAAUGAAGAAUGGUUUAGUCAGGUACACAGAACACCGGCGUAUCACCAAUAAACUCGUGAAAUCUCUGGACAAACAGUUUCCGGUGCCCAAUGCCGACAAACCAAAAAUCGUUCGAAUCUCCGUCAUGGACGGUGACGCUACCGACUCUUCAAGCGGUGAAGAAGAAGAGCACCCACUUCGUCAUCACCGAGUGAAGAGGCUGGUUAACGAGAUCAGAAUCAAAGAUUUCUCGCAGUAUGCAGCCCAAGACGCAAAGCCUCACAACCAAAAAAAGCCAAAUCCGAGGCCUAAUCAGCAGUCUUUUCCAGAAGGUAAGAAGUACAGAGGGGUUCGACAACGGCCCUGGGGCAGAUGGGCCGCCGAGAUCAGAGACCCUCUCCAGCGGACGAGGGUGUGGCUGGGGACCUACGACACCGCCGAAGAGGCCGCUAUGGUCUACGACAGGGCCGCCAUUCGCAUAAGAGGACCCCACGCUCUCACCAAUUUCAUAAACCCCGCAUCACCGAAAGAAGUAGUUGACGCUGAGAGUCCUACGGCCAGCAUUGUUCCGGUAAGUCCUGCUCGACGACCGGAAAUUGAUGUUGCGCCGCUUUGCGAUUACGAUUCUGGAAAAGAGUCUCACAGUGUCUAUUCUCCAACCUCUGUUCUCAGAUUUCAGCCUCUUGAACUCGGAACAGAGGCGGAGACCGACUGGAGACCGGCUCAAGAAGGACAAAAUGAUUUUGUGUUGUUGGAUCCACAACUUUUGGGGGAUCAUUUUGAUUCUCAAAGCCCUCCGCCGAUAUUUUUGGAUGACAUGAGCUUGGUAGCGGCGGCGGCCACGGGUCUAAAAGAAGAUUUCGGCGAUAUUUUGGUGGACUUGGAUGUAGAUUUCGGGUCUUGUAAAUGGGACGUGGAUGCUUACUUCCAAGAUCCUUUGGAGUCGUUCCACUGAGAGACUCCAUUUUCACAGUAAAUUAAUUAUCCAUAUUUUUUUUAAGCCUCGGUUUAUAUCGCCGAAAUCAGAGUCUUUUUUUUUUACUGGAGCUGAGAGGACGUGAAGAGAGGGAGGGAGAGAGGGUAAAUAGCGUUGUGGUUUUGGUGUCCAUUGGUGGUGGUAAAAUGGUGAAAACGAAGAGUGGGAGCUUAUUUAUUUAUGUAAAUGAUGGUGGUAAUUUUAGAGUGGGUGUUUUUUACUUGGAAUUUGUGGGUUCGUCCCUAAAAGCAAGUCAAAUGUGUAAUUAAAUUGCUAAGAUGUUGCAUGAUUUGCGGAUAAGACGGUUUCUUAUUUUCCAAAUCCUCCAUGUCUUGUUUUUCUAGGUCUUAUGAUUCGGAGUUGGUGAGAUAUUAUUUUUCGGGGGAUUCAUAUAUAUAUGCGUAUGUUGGCGCGGGGCUCAAAAAAAAGCCAGCCCACUUGGAUAAAGACUAAAGUUGUUUCCAUUCCAUGUUCGACGGUUGGCGAGCUUAGGUACUCGAGAGCCACACGAUCUUUCUGCGCAUUUUGUUACCCACUCUUUUGAGCCUUUGAGAGCAGCAGAGAGACUCAGACGUCCCUAUCAACCAUGGGAAGAGCAUAAGACAAAAACUUCUUCUUGUGUGGCAGACUAAUACGUCGACGUGGCUCUAUUUCUGUCAACUUCGGGACCUUGCAUAAAGAGAAAUGGUAGAGCUAUUUUUAGAAUUUUUUUUUUAUUUUU